AUGUCUUUCUUCAUGCGCCGGGCCGCCCUGUGUGCCGCCCCUGUUGCCCGCUCGUUCAGCACGACGCCUGCUCGCCGGGUUGCCCGCAUCACCAUUGUCGGCCACCUGGGCGACACGCCGGAGCUGCAGACGACGAACAGCGGCUCCGAGAUGCUUAGAUAUGUGGUGGCCAGCAGCAGCGGCCCGCGCGACAACCGCCAGACCAGCUGGUUCCGCGUGGCGAGCUUCCUGCCCGAGGGCCCGCAGCGGGAUCUUCUCCGAAGUCUGCCCAAGGGAACACUCGUCUACGUCGAGGGAGACGCCACCAUGAACACGUACUCGGACGCCGACGGCAAGUCCAAGACCCAGCUGAGCAUCCUGCAGCGCAGCAUCGAGGUGCUGAAGCGUCCGACCCCGACGGAGUCGGAGUGA